GGUAAAGUGUUGGUUUGAAAAUAUGGCUGUAAAUUCAUUCAGGUGAAAAGCACUUUAUUCUCAUAAGUGAUGGGGCGCAGGAAAAUUGAAGUCCAAAAAAUUGAAGAUAAAAAUAAAUGUGUGGCCACUUUCCGCAAGCGUCGAGAUGGUUUAUUUAAGAAAGCGCUUGAACUACAUCGUCUGACCGGCGCGGAAAUUACACUAAGUUUAGUAUACAACAAAUCAAGAUAUUACUUCAGCUCACAUGGUGAUAUGGAUGAUGGAGACGUAAUUAACAAUUUUCACUACACUAAACAUUUUCAGUUCAAGGCAUGUGGAUCUCAUUUACCACACGGUUGCAGUGAAACUAAUUGUUCAUCCAAGUUAUCAAAUAAUAAGCAUUCAAGUCAAAAAAAUGAAACAUCUAUUAAACGAAAUUCAUUCCCAUUGAUGAAUUCCGCUAACAACUGUACAAAAUAUAAGUAUAAAAGUACAAAGUUAACUAGUGAAGAGAGAUUGGCUAAUUUACGAUAUUUAAUUGUUGAUGAGUUAUUUAAACAGGCGCUUACACGAUUUCGUUCUUUAACCAAAGUAACCAGCUUGAAUAAGAAACAGUCAAUAAUUAGUCCCUGUUAUAAUAGUAGUGGUAGUUGGACUAUGUUAAGUCCAUCAAGUAUUAUUCCUAGUUGUGAAGUUUCAUCAUCUCAUCUGGUAGAUCAAUCAGAAAAGGUUUUUAAUGAUGAAAAUAUUUUGUCGAUAGUUCAAACGCACACAAAUUCACCAUUAUUAGAAUCUAAUUAUCAAUCAUUACAAUUUAUUUAUUCACCAAAUAAUUUAUCAUAUUCAUCAUCAAUUAAUACUACUACAGAUCAACAAUUAUCAAAAGAAUUUAAUUCAAGUCCACUAAGUCAAAUUUUAGAGUUUAUUGAUGAGAAUGUUAGUACUACUACUACUACUACUCCUCCCGCCCUCACUACUAAUACUACUGAUAAUAUCAGUCAUAACAAUGACGAGUCCGAGGUAGACAACAACAAUAAUAAAAAACAAUAUUUAGAUUUAGAUAAUAAUACUUCACAACUAUCAUAUUUUACUGAAUUACAAACACCAAAUAUUAUUUGUUAUUUAGAUGAACCAAUUAAUUAUUAUUCAAUAGAUAACCCGGUUGAUUGAAGAGAACAACAAAUUGAUUGUUAAUGAUAAUUUUAUUUGUUUAUUUAUUUUUCUUAAAGAAAGCUAUUGUGAUACGUAAUCUUACUUUUUAUUUAUUUAUAUAUUAUAUUGAUAUACUUUUCUUUAAUCUAUUCAUCAUUAUCACUGCUAUCACCAAUCAUCCAUUAUCAUUUAAUAUAUAUAUAUAUAAACUCAUUAUGUUAUGUAUGUAUGUAUGUAUGUGUGUAUCAUGACAUUAUUUAGGUAUGAAUGUAUUUUGAAAUCUAUUUAAUUUGUGCAAUAUAAUGUAAGAGUACGAUACAGAUGAAUAUACUUGUCUUGUCUUGUCUGUGUUUCAGUUGUUCUAAAGAGUAAUAUCCAAAGGGGUUUUUGUGGAUAUGAUAGUAAUUU